AUGCAUACAGCGCUCGAGAAGCCAUUGAAUCAAUCAAAACACUGCUUCCCACUUGGCCAGAUGUGGAACCACUAUGCUUUCCAUGCAUCUUCCAGAAGCACCUGCGAACACCAGUUGCAGGAGCCUCGCGCUAAACCCCACAUUCACCCGCACCCGCACCCUCAGGGCCCGUACUCCAGUGCCGGUGCUUGGAGAACACUGACCGCCCUCAUGAGUCGAUGUUGA